CUUGUCGUGUUUUCAGGAAGUCUGGGAGCUGGCAGGAGGGGAAUGAACCGUGAGGGUGUCCCCGGAAAGAGUCCGGAGGAGAUGUAUAUUCAGCAGAAAGUGAGAGUCCUGCUCAUGCUGAGGAAGAUGGGAUCAAAUCUGACCGCUAGUGAAGAGGAGUUCUUGCGCACGUACGCGGGUGUAGUGAACAGCCAACUUAGCCAGCUCCCUCAACACUCAAUUGAUCAGGGUGCUGAGGAUGUUGUGAUGGCAUUUUCCAGAUCAGAGACAGAAGAUAGAAGACAGUAACUACAGGGUACCUGAACAACACAGAACUGGAGAGGACAGUGAGAUUCCUGAAGAUAAAGGAGGAUGGCUGAGCAUUAUUAAGUUCCUUGGCCCACCCUAGUUUUUCCAUACUAGUCCUUUUCUUUUUUAGUUUUGCUUCCCUUUGCCCAACCCUCAGAAUGCAUCUCAGCCAUCUGUUCCUAUACAUUGUUGCUACUCAGCUGGGCUGUGUUAAUUAAGGACAAACCUAAAGAUGUAUUUUCGAUUGGCUCAAAGGGACAGACUGUUAUUGGCUAAAGGAAGACAAUUUUUCAAACUUGACCAAUGGAAACCUUUUAUUUCUCAUUUUAUUUCGUAUUUUAAAAUAAGUCUCUUGACAUCCUACUUCUAAAGAAGCUUUUCAUGCUGUGGUGCUUAUUUAGGUCAAACUUGUGAAUUCGAAGAGAGCUUGAUUGGCUGCCUAGAACUGGAAGCAAGGGGUGCUUGGCUGGCAAUGCAAAUGCUUUCUCCUCAGUUGGCUUGCAGGUAUUCUGCUGACAUCAACUUUUUUUCAUUGCAAAAAGCUGGUAUUUUGGUGCAUUGGUUAUUCUUGACUUGAGG